AUGUCGAAAGCUGUUGGUAUUGAUUUAGGUACAACCUAUUCUUGUGUGGCACAUUUUGCCAACGAUAGGGUGGAGAUCAUUGCCAAUGAUCAAGGUAAUAGAACCACCCCAUCAUUUGUCGCUUUUACCGAUACAGAAAGAUUGAUUGGUGAUGCAGCUAAGAACCAAGCUGCUAUGAAUCCAGCAAAUACCGUGUUUGACGCAAAGAGGUUAAUUGGUAGAAAAUUCAAUGACACAGAGGUACAGAAUGAUAUCAAACAUUUCCCAUUCAAGAUUAUCGACAAGGGGGGCAAGCCAAACAUCCAAGUUGAAUAUAAAGGCGAAACCAAGGUGUUUACACCCGAGGAAAUCUCGUCAAUGGUUUUGACCAAAAUGAAGGAAAUUGCUGAAGGUUAUUUGGGCACUAAGGUCAAUGAUGCUGUUGUUACUGUUCCAGCAUAUUUCAAUGACUCUCAAAGACAAGCUACUAAAGAUGCUGGUUUGA